AUGAAGCACUUACAGGAUGGGAAUAAUAGUACUCUUGUGCCAUUCGCUAACCACUCUUGUUGUGAUUAUGAAGAUCCUAAAAGGCUUAUGAAUCAUACUGAAAAAUUCAUAAUCCUGGCUUUUUCUUUUGCACAAAACCCACGCUACUUCGAGGAUAUUAUAGAGGAGAUUCGUGAGAUUCUCAAAUUUUCACCACAUAUUGUCAGCGAAGGGAAGCGCCUUGUUGGACAGAAUGGCUCCCGACCUCCAGGUGAGUUCUCGUUCUGGAGUCAUGCUCAACGCAGUGCUCUGUGCGUUCAUAGUCGGCGAGCCGAUUUUUUGGAGAGGAAUAUUUCAACGGACAUGAUGGCUACGGUAGCUGCAGCAAAUGUUAUCGCCAGAAAAGAGGCAGUUAAUUAUCAUAAAAGUCCGCGCAUUCUGGAAAACCCACCCAACUUUCAACAUCCUCAUUUGACCACAUUAUAG